AAGUUGAAAGAACUUCUUUAGAGCGAACCAAUAAUAAUUGAAACUGCAGUGACAGCAACAGCGAAAAUCAGUUUUUGACUGAUCGAUUUUACUUCAAAAAGAUAUGAAAGAAUAAUAAUGAUGGGUAUUUAACAUUACUACUCCUGUUUCUCUUACUGAAGUUAGCGGCUGCUGCCUGCGAAGCACGAGCACGAGGGUGAUCCGUGGUUGGUGGAGCUUCUCCGGAUGAAACAGAUUUUCAGAAGAAAAACUAUCGAUAAAGAUGGAUAACUUCAGUUCUGUACUCUCCGACGAAGAAAGAUCUCAAAUUACUCAGUAUGAAAAUCUUUUCAAAUCUAUAGCCACACAGAACCAAUUCGACUUUCUGCCAAGUGAACACCUAAUGAGCCAAUCAUUCUCCACUACAGAUGUUUUAGAGAAUCAGCAGACAUUUCGACAUAGCUGGGAUACCAAUAAUUCAGCCGAUUGUAGCAAAUUGGCGAAAAUGCGAAUUCAAAAUGGAAAUACCAAAUUUUUAUCUCCAAUUUGCAAUCUUGAUGAAGAUACUAUGCCUGGUGUAAUAGAUCUGAUGAACGAGGAAGAGUCAUUACAAGAAAAUCCUUUAGUCAACACCUCGCAGUAUUUUAUGCAAGGGCCCCCAGAAUUGAUACUUCAUGGCAAAUUGAGUCCAAGUAAGUUCAGAAGAAGUUUUUCAACGUCAGAACAUUGUAGUUUUUCAAACCAGUGCAACCAAAUAGAAACAUACGAAGGACAAAGUUUCGGGUUGUCCGAUUAUCAAGAAUCAGUUGAAAAUUUUCUGGAUGAUAACACCACGGGCGAGUCAAUGUCAGAACAAAAGAAGCCAGAAAGCUUCUUCAUUGGAGCCAGUAAGUCAUACAAAGCGCCUCAAUCUUACAAUGUUUCAAGGGACCAGCUUUAUUUAGACGGAAACCAUUCUGGAAAUUUCGCACCGGACUCAAGCAAAAUGACUUUUCACUCAUUUCAACGGAAACCAUCGGUAAUAAAUGGACAUGAGCUUGAAAUGCAUGCAAACAGCCCUCGUGGUUCGAUCGAUCCGAAUCAAUUACAAAAUGAAGCGUGCUGUCAAUUAGAAGCAGAAUCAUUCCUGCAGAAAGUGACCGUUAUCAGCGAAACGAGCGUAGGUGGACCAUCUAAUUUCGAGAUCUCUCCCCCUUCAUUGUCUAAUGCAACCAUCGCUUCAUCGCUAGACUCAAGUUCUCUGGAAAAUUCCCCGCCUUUUGUUCAAAACCAAACCUAUGUUAUUAGUUAUAACCCUGUAUAUACAUGCCAAGAGCAAAACGGAAUUUUCCAACAAAACCAAAGAUGUUUGAAGGUCGAACCAAAUCAAAGCGAAAAGCAAUUUUGUGAACCUCAACCAUUUUUUGAGCACAGAUUCUUAAUCACAAAUAACAUCAACGGCCCAAUUAAUUCCUCAAACGAUAGUGGUAAUAUUAUGACCAGGUACUUCGGCAAUCAGGGUUUCACUGUUGGUCAAUCUGUAAACCAUGUUCAAGCGACGAAGCAACUUGCAUGUAUAGCGCAUCAUUUGCCUUUUGACGAAGACCGGGGAAAACCGGAUUUCGAUGCGCAUUCUCUCCAGCCGGGUCGCGCAGAGUCCAUAUGUAGAUGCAUCAGACACUACACGUGUUUCAAGGUUUUGAUCAAAAUGCUUAUUUUGAGUAAUUUCUGCGAAUAA